UGGCGGAGCGGCGCCGUUCCCCCUCGGGGCGCGUGGCGCCGCCGGCGCAGCGGAGGUCUCUCGGCGGCUCCCGGCGGAGCGGCGGUGCUGGUUUCAGACCUCCGAGGGUACAGCGUGGAGGAACUGGAGAAGCACAUCUCCCUGCUCCAUGAGUAUAAUGAAAUUAAAGAUGCUGGACAGAUGCUGCUAGGCAAACUGGCUGUUAUCCGAGGAGUUACUACGAAGCAGCUGUACCCUGAGUAUGACCUGGAGCUUAGUGACUAGCAUGGGACCCGCAGGCUGCUGUGACCUGCAGACGUGACUGUUGCAGGGCCGUUGUGUUUUGGUGUUGUACCCAUGUAGAGCCAAAAGAAGCAGCACAUAUGCUGAAUUUCAAGAGAUUUUGUUAGCAGCCACAUUUCUCAGCAGCUUUGGAAUGUGCAAGUUAAGGAUGAUACCAACUCAUUCCUGUUUGUGGGAAAGGGAUGUUGGGAUACUUUCAGUUUACUCUGCUACCUGAGAAACACUAUUUCUAAUGGUUAUUUUUUAAUAGGAAUGGUUGUAAUCCAAGGUUGAUGCUGAAGUUCUUCCCAAUGAGCCUUUGCUUCUCUGCAGCAUCCAGGCUCGAUCUGGGUAUGUUAACCUGCAGGUGGAGCAGCCUCUGGAUGGAUGGAGGAAGUGUGGGAGCAGCAUGUGUGAAGUGACAGCUGCUGUGUCAGGAAGACCGUGGGGAGAAAAGAGGACCAAAGGCUGAAGUUGUGAUGGUGGUUUGGUUUUGUUAUGAUUGGAUCUGGAGGAGUUUGAGUGUUCAGCAAUUUUGUACUCAACUGCUGUAAUAUCCAGAGGUUUUGUUUCAUUUCUGUAGUAAACAGAACAUUGUGUUGAACUGUCUGACCUGAAUUAAAGCAGCUAUUGCAUCCCUCAGUAAUUCA